AUGUCGUCCAGACAUACCAUUCCCGCCACCGAUGAUGAUAGGCUGAAGUUUUACUGGAAUGGAUUGACGUAUAAAACGAGUGAUAAUAAGAUUGACGGGUCCGGCAAGACUACACUCAUUGAAUGCCUGGCCGGUAGACGAGUGGCCGGACUCAGUGGCCGGGUAUGGGUUAAGUCAACCAAUGAUAAGGAACCAUUAGCCUCUGACAAGAAAUCCCGAUCCCAUGACCUCAAUGCCCAUAACAUGCUUGAGGUGUUUGGACUGUUAGGCUGUGCUCAGGUUAAGACGGGUGCCAUCAGUGGUGGUCAGAAAAAACGGCUGUCCAUUGCAUUGGAGUUGAUAUUCUCACCGAAUAUACUACUACUGGACGAACCGACCACUGGCCUGGACUCGGCCUCCAGUUUCCAGUGUCUGUCCCUUUUGAAGACAUUGUCGUAUAAUAAGGAGCCGUUAGUUAUAGCGGUGUCCAUACACCAGCCAACUGCCCGACUACUGGCCUUUUUUGACUCUAUAUACGUGCUGUCAGUGGACGGCCGGUGUAUAUAUAGUGGACCCACCGAUCGAUUAAUCACUCAUUUGUCUAACUUUGACUUAAAUUGUCCGGCAAUUGAUACGUUAGUGACAUACGAGAGACAGAGACUAAACCCUAAGUUAGAGUCCAUGAGAAUCGCGAAACACGAGUCUAUUGUUGGCCCCAAAAACUGCACCAAAAAUAAGAGUAAAAAUGAGUCCAAACGUACUGUUAAUGACCAGCUCCGGGAUGUAUGGAUAUUACUUAAACGGGCGCACGUGACAUCUAUGCGGAAUCCCUUGAUUGUAUGGCUACGGAUUUUAGGUCUGGCCAUAGCCCUGUCCACUAAGCUGUUAGUGUACUCCCGUACCCAUGCGGGUCAGUCGGACGGGGGCUGUACUGACAUGAUGUCCGUGUUGUCUAAGUUGAGGACAAUUGCUGUGAAAGAGAGUACAAUUCAUAAGAGUUUCAAGAAUGUACAGAAUAUCUCAUAUAUUAUCACCACAACUAUGUUCAUACACUUUGUCACUAUCGCACCCACACUCAUGACCUUUCCUAUUGAGUUGAACACAUUUGUCAAGAACUACCGUUCCCACAAUAAUGGCAACGGUAAACACCAUAUGGGUGGUGACAAUUAUGAACUCAAUGAACAAAGGGAACCAUUAGCCUCUGACAAGAAAUCCCGAUCCCAUGACCUCAAUGCCCAUAACAUGCUUGAGGUGUUUGGACUGUUAGGCUGUGCUCAGGUUAAGACGGGUGCCAUCAGUGGUGGUCAGAAAAAACGGCUGUCCAUUGCAUUGGAGUUGAUAUUCUCACCGAAUAUACUACUACUGGACGAACCGACCACUGGCCUGGACUCGGCCUCCAGUUUCCAGUGUCUGUCCCUUUUGAAGACAUUGUCGUAUAAUAAGGAGCCGUUAGUUAUAGCGGUGUCCAUACACCAGCCAACUGCCCGACUACUGGCCUUUUUUGACUCUAUAUACGUGCUGUCAGUGGACGGCCGGUGUAUAUAUAGUGGACCCACCGAUCGAUUAAUCACUCAUUUGUCUAACUUUGACUUAAAUUGUCCGGCAAUCGAUACGUUAGUGACAUACGAGAGACAGAGACUAAACCCUAAGUUAGAGUCCAUGAGAAUCGCGAAACACGAGUCUAUUGUUGGCCCCAAAAACUGCACCAAAAAUAAGAGUAAAAAUGAGUCCAAACGUACUGUUAAUGACCAGCUCCGGGAUGUAUGGAUAUUACUUAAACGGGCGCACGUGACAUCUAUGCGGAAUCCCUUGAUUGUAUGGCUACGGAUUUUAGGUCUGGCCAUAGCCCUGUCCACUAAGCUGUUAGUGUACUCCCGUACCCAUGCGGGUCAGUCGGACGGGGGCUGUACUGACAUGAUGUCCGUGUUGUCUAAGUUGAGGACAAUUGCUGUGAAAGAGAGUACAAUUCAUAAGAGUUUCAAGAAUGUACAGAAUAUCUCAUAUAUUAUCACCACAACUAUGUUCAUACACUUUGUCACUAUCGCACCCACACUCAUGACCUUUCCUAUUGAGUUGAACACAUUUGUCAAGGAACAUUUCAACAAAUGGUACACUUGUUGGUCAUACUUCACGGCCCGUUCACUCGUAGACAUACCGGUGGUUGUGGUCAUACCGAUAGUGUACGGCACAAUCAUGUGGUGGAUGACCGACCAGGUGUGGGACGGAUGGCGUUUCAGUGUACACCUUCUGAUUAUGGUGCUCCUGGCACUAGUAUCUCAUAGCCUGGGACUGCUAUUGUCAGCAAUAUUCAUCAACAACAUCCGGGCCAGUCUACUGUCGUUCACUAUAUUCGUUACACCACUACUGCUAUUCAGUGGUGCACUCAUACCCAUCCGGACACUGCCCUCAUAUUUGCAGACUUUCUCCUAUUUGUCUAUUUUCAGGUUAUCAUACGAAUCAAUGUUAAUAAUACUGUAUGGCUUUAACCGAUGUCCCACUCUUAAUGACCCCCUAACCAUGGAUUCACUAACUCAUGAGUUUGGGGUCAAUAUGUAUCACAUGGAGGAGUGUCUGGAAGAGGCGGACAGUCUGGCGAAUGUGACCCGUAAUAGCCUGUCCGCUAUUAACCGAUUGGUGGCUAAACAGAACCCCUCGCGGAUAUUGGAGUGGUUCGGCCUACAGGACACGGAUCUCUACAUCUAUAUCAGUCUAUUCAUCGCAUAUACGGCAAUCGAUACCUUGGCAUCACAUGAGAGACAAACACUAAACACUAAGUUAGAGUCCAUAAGAAUCGCGAAAAACGAGUCCAUUGUUGACAACAGGAGUGACACUAAAAUUAACGCUAAAACCGAUUCAAAACAAUCCUUGAAUGACCAGCUCCGGGAUAUAUGGGUACUAACAAAACGGGCUCAAUUGGUGUCUAUACGUAAUCCCCAUGUAAUAUGGUUACGAUUUCUAUUCAUGAUCAUAUCCCUGUUCACUAAGCUAAUGAUGUACUCGGACGUCAAAGUGGGACAGUUGGGUGGGGGUGAGUGCGCGGACAGGGAGUCAGUGUUGGCCCGUUUGAGUGAAUUUGGCAACAGAGAGGGCACUGAGAGGUUCCGGGCUUUGCAACAAAAUUCCUCAUAUAUUUUGAGCAAUAUUUUGUUCAUUCAUGCCGUCAAUAUCGGGCCCACACUCAUGACAUUCACCGUCGAGUUGAACAUAUUUGUCAAGGAGCAUUUCAACAAAUGGUAUACGUGUUGGUCAUACUUCACGGCCCGUUCCCUCGUAGACAUACCAAUCGUAUUGAUAUUAACCAUAAUGUUCUCCACAAUCAUGUGGUGGAUAACCGGUCAGUAA